AACAGGUCAAUGUACGUAAUGGAAUGACUCUUCAUGACUGUCUUAUGAAAGCACUCAAAGUUAGAGGUCUGCAGCCAGAAUGCUGUGCUGUUUUUCGAUUACAACACAAAGGUAAAAAAGCACGAUUGGAUUGGGGUACAGAUGCUGCAUCCUUGAUUGGAGAAGAAUUACAAGUUGACUUCCUUGAUCAUGUUCCACUCACAACACAUAACUUCGCACGGAAAACAUUUCUGAAGCUUGCAUACUGUGACAUCUGUCAGAAGUUUUUACUAAAUGGAUUCCGAUGCCAAACCUGCGGUUACAAAUUCCAUGAGCACUGCAGCACAAAAGUUCCAACUAUGUGUGUGGACUGGAGCAAUAUCCGGCAGCUCUUAUUAUUUCCACAUUCAAAUGUUGGUGAUAGUGGUAUCUCAGCACCUCCUUUGAUGACUCGGCGAAUACGUGAAUCUGUGUCUCGGAUGCCUGUUAAUUCUCAGCAUAGAUAUUCUACACCUCAUGUCUUCACAUUCAGUGGAACAAAUCCUUCUCCUGAAUGUUCCCUUUCUCAAAGACAGAGAUCCACUUCUACCCCAAAUGUCCACAUGGUCAGUACU